AUGCCCAAGAACACCAUAAGCCGAGGAAGAGAGACGUGCGAUGCAUUAAUGGGAUCACUUGUUCGCGAAGAGGGGCAUAUUUAUUCAUUAGCCGCCUCUGGUGAUUUUUUGUAUACGGGAUCAGAUAGCAAAAACAUCAGAGUUUGGAGAAAACAGAAGGAGUUUUCCGGGUUCAAAUCCAACAGUGGGUUGGUGAAAACUAUAGUGAUUUCCAGCGAGAAGAUCUUUACAGGACAUCAAGAUGGGAAAAUUCGUGUAUGGAGGAAUUCUCCAAAGAAUCCAGGAACACACAAACGUAUAGGAUCACUCCCAAAUUUGAAAGAUUGUGUUAAGAGCUCCAUGAAACCAAGCAACUACAUUGAAGUAAGGCGCCAUCGCAACGUGUUAUGGCUAAGGCAUUUUGACGCUAUCUCUUCUCUUAGCUUGAGCGAAGAUGAAUCUCUUCUUUAUUCCGCUUCAUGGGACAAGACGCUUAAGGUGUGGAGAAUUGCAGAUUCAAAGUGUUUGGAAUCAAUCAACGCUCACGAUGACGCGGUUAACGCCGUCGUUGCUGGGUUUGAUGGGUUGGUUUUCACAGGUUCAGCCGAUGGAACCGUGAAAGUUUGGAGAAGAGAAUAUCAAGGGAAAGGAACCAAACACUUUUUCUCACAGACAUUGUUGAAACAAGAAUGUGCUGCUACAACUUUAGUUGUUAACUCCAACUCUACCGUCCUUUACUGUGGUUCAUCAGAUGGGUCGUUAAACUACUGGGAACGUGAAAAGCAACUCUCUCAUGGUGGCGUGUUGAGAGGACACAGGCUAGCAAUUUUAUGCCUGGCCACGGCAGGAAAUCUCGUGUUUAGUGGAUCGGCCGACAUGGGUAUAUGCAUAUGGAAGAGAAUGGAGAGCGGAGAACAUUUAUACGUCUCCAUGUUGACCGGCCAUUCUGGACCAGUCAAAUGCUUAGCCAUAGUGAAGGAGAAUGAAAUAGUUUCCAGCGAUAAGACUUGGGUAUUGUACAGUGGCAGUCUAGACAAGUCUAUCAAGAUUUGGCGUGUAUCAGAGCAAGGAUCGGCGAUGAUGCAGAAUCAACGACAAUAUACAUCCGAUAGCUGCCAUGGAGCUCCGACAUUGCCGCAGGCUACUAGCUUCUCUUCUCGGGGAGGAGGCGGACAAAGUCAGAGAAGGCACUAG